CAACGUAUCCAUGGUUACCGCCAACACAUCUGCUGAGCACACCGAGCUGCGUUCAAUGAGGGGAACAAAAUCGUCAUGGCGCUACCAUUUCUACCUGGGAAUUCUUGUAAAGAGUUGCUAAAGGACAAAUUCCACAAAUCCCAACAUUUUGACUACUCCAGCGAUGUUCCUCUCCUGGCCGGGAUAGAGAAGCCAGGCAUCGGAGGUGAGCUGUUGCUGGGACAGAAGUUCAAACCCAAAUAUUCCGUCUAUCCCAGAGGAGCAACCGGUGGAUUACCAUCAUGGAUGGCUUUUGACAAACAGGCGCUGUGUUUUGAGGCGUACUUCCAGGAAGCGGUGCCAGAAGCUCCCAAUGAGACCUACAGGAUCCGCAAGUGUAAGAUCUACUUCUACCUGGAGGACGAUACCAUGCAAGUGGUGGAACCAGAGUAUAAAAACAGUGGAAUCCCUCAAGGAACUCUAAUUCGUCGCCAACGCAUCCCACUGCCUCCGCCCAAUGAGGACCAGUUCUUCAACGUGUUCCACUUUAACCUCAACCAGGAGAUAGUGCUGUUCUCUCACACGUUCACCACCACCAACUGUGAUCAGUUCACGAGGAACUUUCUCACCAAAUGUGGCGUCAUUCUCAAUGACCCCAUCCCUGUGCCAGAGGACCCCUAUCGCAGCCUCAGGGAAAAGAUAGAGAAAAGCAUGAGUCCCCGGCGGCCAUACGAGAAGCGAGACACUCUGAAACAGUUCCUGGACCACGACCGCAAAGUCCUCCGUUUCUUCUGCUUCUGGGACGACAGCAAGGUCAUCUUCGGAGAGCUCCGAGAACUGGUGCUGCACUACUUCCUGGCCGAUGACACCAUAGAGAUCAGGGAGGUGAUCCCACCAAAUUCUGGGAGAGUCUCCGUGUCCAAAUUCCUCCGUCGAAGCAAACUACCCAAGCGUGCUUCAAACCAGUUGGCGCUACCAGGAGAGGCGACGAACCGCACCGUGCUCAACGUGUUGGCCUCCACCAGGCAAGGAGAUCGCUACAUGCUGGAUAGUCUCAAAACAGGAGCUAUUCAGGAGGAGUUCUACAAGGACUUUGAUCUGACGGUAGGCGGCGAGCUGAACGUGUGGGGCAGGAAAGUGAUCAUCGCUGACUGCGAUGACUUCACCAAAGACUACUACCGCUCCAAAUAUGGCAUAGAGGACUUCACCCCGGUACAGUACAAAGCUGCCGUAUCCCCCAAUCCCCCGAGGCUUGUACCUCCGUAUAACGGCUUUGGCUCAGAGGAGGACUCGCUAAGCUCCUGCCAGCGCCUGCUUCCCAAACCCCCACAGAAAGAUCUCCACAAAUUCAUGGAGUAUGACAGACGUGGCCUUGAGAGCAAUGUGCUGACAUUCCACGCCAAGAUGGUGACCACCAGUCAUGUGGACAGCGACAGGGAGUUCAUCAUCUCCUUCUACCUGAGCGACGACUCUAUCAGCGUGUUUGAGCGCUCUCAAAAGAACUCAGGUGUACUUGGCGGCAUGUUUCUGGCCAGGGGCCGCGUGAAGAAACCGGGACAGGAGUUGUUUAAGAGCGAGCCCUCAGAGUACUUCACAGCCCAUGAUCUGUACGUAGGAGCCGCCAUCUGCCUCAACAACAGGCAGUUCCAACUCCUCGAUGCUGAUGAGUACACCUUCAACUACUUUGAAAAACAUGCCGAGCAGUUCCCCAAGGCCGAUAUAGGCAUCAUCCUGGGUAAAUUACGAUCAAUUCCAGAGGAGAAGCAGCGGGAGCUCCGUAACUUUCUGGCUCUUGGCGACCCCGCCAACACCGGCUUUGUUGCCUUUGCAUCCUUCAGGGACCUACUGAUGGAUAUGGAGUGCGGUCUGACGGAGCAUGAGGUUCUGGUGCUUGGCCGAUCCUUCGCCGAGCACAAGCAGUCUGAGGUGGAUGUGGGCCUGAUGCUGGCCGUGGCCCAGGACUUCCUCAGGAAGAAGGACUUUGACCAGCUGCCCGACAUGGCCCGAGUGUUCGAACACAGUGACCCAAACAAAACAGGCCGCAUCUCCCUUAAAGGGGCGAUGGCCAUCUGCAAGACCUUCCAGCUUCCUGUGUCUGACAACCUGCUCACAUGUCUGAUCCACAAGUUUGCAGACGGCGACCAGAUCGACUACAAUGCCUUCCUGGCUGGCAUCAACUGGCUGGAGCACCCUGCUCCCCCAGUGACGCCUGACGACACUUUAAAGUUCGACGUGAAAAUGCGGAGCGAUGCCCGCGGAGUGAAAAACAUCCAUUACUUCUCCCUGCUGCAGGACCUCUUCCCCGGCGUCUCCAACACGGCUGACCCGGAGAGCGCCACUUCAGCGUAGAUGAGUGCAACAUGCGACACAUGCAUCUCAACAUGACGCUUUAGCCCAAUCCAAACCAAGAAAGAAGUAACCGUGCUAAAGUUUAGUGCAAUCUGUGCGGUUCGAGGCUCUCACAGCGUACAGCUAGGCUUUAAAACGGAACCACAUUUCAGGUCAAGGCGGGUCAGGCUCACACACAUAAUGACUACAGGUAUUACGCUGCAUUGUGCAGAAUUUAUACCAGAGGAAAUUGGCUUCAACGGAAGAAACAGACAAUCACGGCUGUCAGCUCCCAGCUGUGGAAACAACAGGUACAGAUGAACUCUCGCGCUCCAUCCAAAAGCAAGAAUGAGCCAAUUUUUAGGAUCUUUUAUUAUCGGAGCUGAAUCUCACUGAAAGGAGAGUUGAUUAAGUAUAUUUUUAGUCAUUUAAUCAAUUAGUCAUCAUGUUUUCCUGUUGUUGUGGGCAGUGGAUAUACUGUAUAUACAAGAAGCAAUUAUUAAUCAAUGCAUGGUAUUAGUACAUAAGAUUUACUUGAAAACAGAUGUGUCCAAAGUGCGCUCCAAACCAUUGACUGGCUGGUGGCAUACUGUACAAAAUACAAUUUUACAGAAUAACGGCAAAAAAAAACAAAACAGCAAAAACAGCACGGCAUUAAGAACAAAUGAAUAACAAAAAUAUUUGUCUUUAAAUAUGAAUUAUUUUGUUUAGCCUUUUUACAAAAUGAAAGUGCCCGCCACCCCCCACAUUUUUUGUUCAGUAUGUGGCACCAGUGGGUAGGGAUGAUGUUUGAUAAGGAAUUAUCGAGUUCGAGCCUAUUAUCGAAUCCUCUUAUCGAACCGAUUCCUUAUCGAUUCUCUUAUCGAGUCCAGAUAGGUUGUUGUAUAUGGAAAAAAACACACAAUAUUUGGUUUAACAAAAGCUCACUUUUAUUAUAUAAUAAAAAAAUAAAAUCUAAUAAAUAAAAAAAUAUUGACUGUUCCCCACCUAAAAAAUAAAAUAAAAUAAAUAAAUAUUGACUGUUGUUACCCAAAGUAUAUUAAGUGGGAUUUUUCAGAGAAACAAAUAUAUACAGUAACACAAAAACAACCUGUCUCUGUGAUCACUAUAGGUGUAUAAAUAAUAAUAUAGUGUUAAAUAAAAUCAGUCCCUUGGGCACUAAACUGAAAAUAAUACAGCUCUCCAAAAAGUGCACUUCUGCUGCUAUUUGACAUAACUGUUUGUUAUGAUGCUUUGACAUUUUUGCACUUUAUUUCUUUAUUGAAAGAAAAUUCUAUGAAGAGAAAAGUUCUUUGCAAAUGUGGUUACAAUGCUAAAAAAUGAAAAGUUAAAAGCUAAAAAAAGAAAUACACUUUAUUGAGUUAACAUUAUUUCUUUAUAGGGGGAAAAAUGUUAUGAGCGAGAGAAUAUAACAACUACACUACCCAUCAUGCAACGGGAGUUACGAGCAUGCGCGGUAGCCCCGAAAAGUGUUGCAUGUUGCCACGCUGUGAAAGUAAACGUCAAGAACUCAGCCAACACGCCUCGUCUGCAUUAUUUAUAAUUAGACAGACAACACAUCUACAGUGUGAUUUUGUUUUGUUUACAAGGAAAGAAAAACAAAAGUUAAAAAAGGGAGAUAUGUUGUAUAUAUAUGUAUGUGCUGCGGUUGUUUUAAGAACGUUGCGACAGCUGCCGUAAAGGAGGUGCGUUGCUAGCCUGGUUGCUAUGUUUCCGGUUGGUCGUAAAAGUGUUCGUCAUGUGUUUUACCCUGCUAAAAUCUCUCAGUAAAGUUAUUCGAUGGAUGAUAGCUUUUGUUUUGAACUUUAUUACACCUUGGAGCGCUUUUUCCCGUCCAUUGUUUUCCUGCUUUCGCUAUCUGCGCCUAAUGACUGAGCUACGUGACGUCAAUUCUUGUGAUGUCCCACGGAGCAUUUCUGGUCGGGACGGGAUUCGAAUAAAGAAUCAACUCUUUUCCUUUACUAUAGUGGUCUCGAUAACGGGUACCGGUUCUCAAAAAGGGAUUCGAGUCCGAGGACUCGGUUCUUUUCUUAUCAAACAACCGGGAAAACCGGUUUCGAGUAUCAUCCCUACUAGUGGAAAAGUUUUGGACACACCUGACUUGAAAAAAAGACAAUAAAUAAAAACUGCUACUAAAUAUAUUCACAGUUUAUGCAUGCAAAUACCUCCUUGACACAAGUGAAAAUGGGAAUUAAAAUGUGAAAUGAUUACUCAUGUUUUUGUGAUUUGUUUGCUGUUCGAUAAAUAGCAGAUAAUCCUAUGAUCUUGCAAGAAUAAUAAUAGUUUUACAUUUUACAGCAGUAAAAGCGGGUAACUUUUCUUUACAUUUGUAAUAGGCAUGCUAAAAUGUAACUUACAAUAUUGCCCCCACAGUUAAUGAAGGUUAUUUAUGUUUCCAUUAUUUCUUACUGGGGGUGAAAUAGCUUCCAAAUCCAACAAUCAAGGGUGGAAUAGCACCUUUAAACAUGUGGCUGUGUUACAGACAAACAUUGAAGGGUUCGGGGAUCACUCUCGUCUUACCCGAGAACAUACAGGAUCAGCUCCACUUGCAUGCUUUAUUGUUGUUCUGCUGCACAGCGCUGCCUUGUAAAAGGCGACGCAGAAAGAGGCUGUAAAUGUCUGCGGGGGUUAACAGGAUCUGAGCCGGGGUUUUAUGCGGGCUCUGAUUCAGUCAUGGCUAAUCGACCUAGUCUAAACAGAUAUCGGAGAUCAAGAGUCGGGGGGCUUUUCUGUUCAGUGGCCUCUUGACAACCCUUACACUGUUCCACCUUCAAACAAUGCAGUUCCAUGUAUAGUGACUACAGCCUGUCGAGGCUAAUAUCUUGUGUUCCAAAAAUAUUAAUUAUGAGGCAUUUUUUUGUCUGGUGGACAUAAAGAAGUUGAAGUAGUUGCUCACCAGGUUAAAAGAUUAACCAGGAUUGGCUUUGAUCUGUAGAGAAAAUACUUGGUCAAAGUUCACGAGCAACAAGAUAAUCAAUUUACAACAAACCACAUGGACUAUUGGCUCAUAUCAAAGUGCUUAAUGAGCACUUUUUAGAUCGAUAAUUUUGUUGUCUAUACCCUCUCAUAUGGCGGUGCAGCAGUGGGGAAAUGUGUUUUUAUAUCAGAAAUCAUUAGAAAUAAGUAAAAGGGGCCCUAUUAUGCAAAACCAACUUUUCUUACCUAUUGGUCUGCAUAAGUCACGAAAAUUUGAAAUCAAACCAUGGAGGUAUUGUGGAGAUAUUUUUAAAACAAUCUUGCCUUCCUUCAUACUUCUUCCAAACAAGCUGUUUGGAAUUUGCCCCAAUUGUUACGUUCUUCCCAGGUGUGACGUCAGCUGAUUAUCCAUAUAUGGUAGAAAUUUACCCAAAGUGCUUUGCUCGAAUCCGCCAUUGCAGUCUCUACUGUCGUCAACAAGUUACUUCUUUUUUCUCUAUCUUCUUGUGGUGGAGCAGACUGGCUCGUACAUGCACAUGCAUCCUCCGCUGUUGCCAUUCCUAAUACAAAGUAGCGUAUAGUUCGAACUUAUAUCUGUCAGUAGACUCGCUGUGGAAGCGCUAAAGACCGGGAGAAGACGCUGUCGAAGUAGAGCCAUGUAAAAUGACCGCCUACUAAACGACGCAUUCUGAAGAAACGGUCAGAAAAAGCGAUCUGUAAAACAUUUUGACCAAGAGAAACAUCACAUGUUAGGCGCACCACAAGGAAGUGUUUUAAAUGUAGAAAAAGUAUUUAUUAAGAUCCCUUUUAAUUUUCCUAAGUGAACUCUCCUGAAGGAAUCAAUAAAGUACUAUCUAUCUAUCGUUAAGUAAGUCGUAGUAGUAAUUCUAAAAACACUGAAAAUAUUAAUACUACAGUAGUAUUGGACACAAGAGAAGACCUAACCAAUCAGAGCACACUGUUCAUUAUCAUGGCCACUGAUUGGCUCAGCCUCAGGCAGCAUUACUAUAUUGGAUUAAAAUAAUAUAAAGGUGACUAAAGAGUGUUAUUUCAUGUCUUUCGUGGUAAAAAAUGAAAGUAUUUAGAAGGUCGUCAAUAGAUUUGUAAUGCUCCAGCUAUGAAAAUAUUCAACUUACCUCUGUCAUGAUCUGUGGUCUGGAUUAUGUUUUUGUUAUUUUCUGUUUGCGCUCCCUUGUUUGUUUAGUUACCAUGGCAACUUAUUAGUUUCACCUGCCUCAUGUGUUCGGGACACGCACUUGCUCUAAUUAAGAGACUAUUAUUCAAGCCUGUCUUUGCCAGUUAGUCGGGCUGGCGACAUUGCUCUUUUCAUGCUCGUUUCAUGCCAUUGCUUCAUUCAUGCCGCAGUAAGUCUUGUUCGUUCUAUGCCAUAGUUUGGUUAGUUGUUUUCUAUGUCCAUAGUUCAGUCUAAGUGUUAGCGUAUGUUUCCUGCGUUAAGUUUUGUGUUCCUUAGCCUCUCGUGCAAUCGGCGCGCUUUCCUUUUGUUUUAGUUCCUGUCUUUUGUCCUGUGUAGUUAGAUUAAUAAUAAAUAUGUUCCUACCUGCUACCUUUGUCCGGAAAAGUCAGAUUGCAGUAAGCUGCAAAAAACCCCUCGUUGUGACAACCUCAUAUUAAAGCCUUUGAUAAGCACUUUCUAUAUAUGUAAUUGUUUUGUCAGUAUACCCUCAUAUGAUGAUGCAACUGUUUGGAAAAGGUCUUACUUAAAACAUCUUAAUGGUCCCUUUUCAAACUCAUAUUCACCAUAUAGGUUAUAGAUAGGUCACACACUAUAUCAGGGGUCACCAACGUGGUGCCCGCGGGCACCAGGUAGUCCGCAAGGACCAGAUGAGUAGCCCGCUGGCCUGUUCUAAAAAGAGCUCAAAUAGCAGCACUUACCAGUGAGCUGCCUCUAUUUUUUAAAUUGUAUUUAUUUACUAACAAGCUGGUCUCGCUUUGCCCGACAUUUUUAAUUCUAAGAGGGACAAAACUCAAAUAGAAUUUGAAAAUCCAAGAAAAUAUUUUAAAGACUUGGUCUUCUUUUGUUUAAAUAAAUUCAUUAA